UACAUCCCAAAACUUCUUACAAAAUAUCCCGUCUUUCCAGCACACACAGUCACACACACUGUAAAGAGGAACCCAACUCAAAUUACUUACAUAGCUUCUAUUGGAAGGUUCCCAUGGCUCUCCAAGCUGCGUCCCUGCUUCCCUCUGCUUUCUCCAUCUCCAAAGAGGGCAAGACCAGUGCAUCUUUGAAGGACUCUAGUCUAUGUGGACUUUCAUUCUCAGAUCAUCUAAAAGCAGACUUCAGCUGCUCUGCAUUAAGGUGCAAGAGGGACUUCGACCAAAGAAAGCUACCUGUUGGAGGCAUAAGAGCCCAGGUGAUGGCUACAACUCCAGCCCUUAACACGGCUGCACCAGAAGGAAAGAAGACCUUAAGAAAGGGCAGUGUUGUGGUCACUGGAGCAUCCUCUGGAUUAGGUCUGGCCACAGCCAAGGCUUUGGCUGAAACAGGCAAAUGGCAUGUAAUUAUGGCCUGCAGGGACUUCCUUAAGGCUGAAAGAGCAGCAAAGUCGGCCGGCAUUGCCAAGGAAAACUACACCAUUAUGCAUCUAGACCUUUCUUCGCUCGACAGUGUCCGACAGUUUGUUGAUAACUUCAAACGAUCGGGUCGACCACUUGAUGUGCUGGUUUGCAAUGCAGCCAUCUACCAACCGACUGCUAAGGAGCCUUCAUUUACAGCUGAAGGGUUUGAACUCAGUGUUGGGACGAACCAUCUAGGACACUUCCUGCUUUCGCGAUUGAUGCUCGACGACUUGAAGCAAUCUGAUUACCCAUCAAAGCGACUCAUCAUUGUCGGUUCAAUUACAGGUAACACAAAUACCUUGGCUGGGAAUGUGCCUCCAAAGGCCAACCUUGGAGACUUGAGGGGACUUGCUGGAGGAUUGAACGGACUAAACACCUCAUCCAUGAUCGAUGGUGGAGAUUUUGAUGGAGCCAAGGCAUACAAGGACAGCAAGGUCUGCAACAUGCUCACCAUGCAAGAGUUCCACCGUCGUUACCAUGAGGAUACUGGGAUCACAUUUGCUUCCCUCUACCCAGGUUGCAUUGCCACAACAGGCUUGUUCAGGGAGCACAUCCCCUUGUUCAGACUUCUCUUCCCUCCAUUCCAGAAGUACAUCACCAAAGGCUAUGUCUCCGAGGAAGAAGCUGGAAAGAGACUUGCACAGGUGGUGAGCGAUCCAAGCUUGACAAAGUCAGGCGUCUACUGGAGCUGGAACAAGGACUCAGCUUCAUUUGAGAACCAAUUGUCUCAAGAAGCUAGUGAUACAGAGAAAGCUCGUAAGGUUUGGGAACUUAGUGAGAAACUUGUUGGUUUGGCUUAGAAGAGACUAAUCUCCAUUGAGAGAGCAGAGGACAUUUCUGUAGAUCUGGUACAGAAUUUGGAUUUGGAUGCUGUGGUUUUCUAAGCAGUUCUCUUCUAAAAAUUAGAUAAUUCUGAGUUGAAGUUGUCAAUAAAAUAGCUCCCUCUGUUUCAAAGGCAA